AUGAUGGUACGUCACGGCGGACUGAAUCUCGUUUGCCCAAUAUGCCCGCCAUUCGACGCGGGAAGUACAUACCUCGACGUCUCCACGACAGCGCACACACCGGAGGGGCGCUUGAAGCUGGAUAAACUUGGCGCUAGUCGCAAACUUGCGCAACAGAAUGCUGUCUGUACCGCUUUGCUAUUCAUUUGCGAUGAAAAUCGCAAUCUUGGUCCUGCAGAUACCUUGAGCGUAUCUUUCGAGGAGUUCAAGACUACAAUGAAAAGUCGCGCGAGCGCUGCUGACUUGAAGUUAGGUCCUUGCCAGCAUACUUACUUGCGGCGGGUGCUCUUAUUCUUCUGGGAGCAUGGCCAUAUCGACUUGACCUUUGCCCACAAUGGCCGUCAGCGGGAUGUGGUCCAACAGAUCGAAAUUCAGCCCAGUUUCUACGACAUGCAAGAAGUCCUGGAUGGAUAUGGAACAUUAUCGGCUCGAGAAAAAUACCGUGCAUAUAUGUCGCUUGCAACCAAAGUAUUUGGAAAGGAUCGAACACCGACUGUGCUCCAGGCAGCUAGAUGUGCUUUCCAAUAUUCCAGAAAGUAUCAGGAUUUGGCAUCCUCUUUAUGUCGAGAAAGAGAUGCCGCUGACAGUCAGGAAAACACUGUCGCGGACAACGAGAUAAAUGAAGGUGAUUAUUCGAUGGACUCAAUGUCAGUGAGCAUUUUACAUAUUGUUGUUGUGUUAUUGUGCAUUGUAUUUGUGGUAUACAGGCAGUCCGAAGAAUUCCAUGACAAUCGGGUUGUUCUUUUCACACCUGCUCGCACGCUGAGUUAUAGCCACAGUAAAGGAGACAUUGGCCUCCCCACACCCGAGUCACUGCCUAGGCGACAAGUGAUUGUAUCACGGUCAUCACCUACACCCACAGCAUCAUCCACCGAAGUCACGUCUUCUGGUAAUGAUGCUCAUAGCCAUUCUGAUAGGCAGAACCCAACGCCUGGCUCGCGUUUCGGCCCCCUCUCUCUCGCCAUUGGUUAUUUUGCAGGGUUCGUUCGGGGUUUUAGAUCGUCAUCUCACAUGUUCCUCCCAGAGAUUUCUUCACUACAAACACAAGUCACAGAUCUGCAAACAUCCCUAACUGCUGCAGAAGAUGCACUUUAUGCGGCAAACAGGACCACCCAAGUGUCACAAGAGCGAUGCUUAGGCAUCCUUCAAGAUCUCCAUAAUGCUCGUGUCAACAUCGCCGAUUUAGAAAGUCGGGCCGCAAUGGAGGCAAUUGAAAAGGACAGCUUGCUACAGGAAGUUGGUCAUCUCAAGGAAGAGGUAUCACGCCUGCAGAGUGGUGUGGAACAAAUAACCCAAAUUGCACGCGGUUUGAUCCCGCUGUAGUAACUUAAUUUUCGGUUGCUUGGUCUAGCACACAAGUUUAACUUGACGAGAAAGUACAUGUAAAGUUAACGACCUCAUGAUGUAUACUACAUAGCUCCAGGACAAUGAAUACUAUGUUAAUAUCCAA